GAUCCUUCAGGCUUUGUUGAGGCAAAGACGCCAUUUUGGGAUCUUGCAGCAGUGUGGAAGAGAAAACACUGCCCACUUACAAACUUCUCCUUUGGAAACUGCCCCGGCACCUCAUGGACGGACUCUGGAAAUAGCAGAUCCUGCUCACCAAUGGGAAUAUGAGCAGAAGCUGGAUUUUAGAGACAUAGGUUUGAUUGCUUGUUGGUCCUUCCAUUCAGAGCGACAGAUGAUGAGCCGUUUGUCCAGAUUGAUGUGGUAUGAUCUAGAACGGUGAGAAUGGAUUAUUCCCAUCUUCAUACCUAUGCUCCCCCUCAGUGUCUGCCAGACAACACUGGCUAUACCUAUGCUCUCAGCUCAAGCUAUUCGACAGAAGCCCUUGAUUUUGAGACCAUUCAUAAGUUGGCUCCGGUCUUUGAUUCUCCAAGAAUGUCGCGGCGCAGUCUUCGUUUGAAGACCAGCACUGGAAACUAUGCCGACGAUAGUCUUAAUGACAGCGCUCUCUCUCACAGAUCUGUAAGGCAGCAGCACAACAGCAGCAGGCAGUUCUCAUCCAGCCAUCAGUCUGCAUCAAGGCGAUCUAUGACAAACGCCUCCUUUCAGAGCAGCUUUAACUCUCAGAUCGCUGACACCUCAGCAGUGUCCAGUGUUUUAGAUGCAUCUGUAAUUCGGGAACAGACAGAAAUGAGUUCCAUAUGGGGUCUUGAUGAUGAAGAAUUGAUAAAAGAUGGCAACACUACAGUGAUUCAGUCCAAUGGAGACUUUAAUUCAGCAGAAACACAGACAACAAUGAUCAAUGGCUAUACGUGCAGUGACUGCAGCAUCGUCUCUCAGAGAAAUGAUACCUUGACGGCACUUUCUGCAUCUUAUUCCGCAUCUGGAAAUGUUCAUGCAGCUUCUGGAAGCAAACACUCAGCCUGUGGAACUUUACACACAGGCUCUGCAAUCACAAACGCAGCCUCUGGAAAUAUACAUGCAGGCUCUGCAAACGAGCACUCGGCAUCUUCAAGCAUGCAUGCAUCAUCUACACUAGUAUACUCCAGAGACCGCAGCCAGAAAAAAUCAAGAGAAAUCCCUUUUUACAUGCAUAAGACCAUGCUGCUGUUUAAAAAUACCGCAUCAUCUCUAGCAACUGUGGUUGUGCGCCUGUUUCAUUUGGUUAUGCUGAAGCUUGGUUGUGACCUCAAAGCUCAUUUGAAUUACUGUGGAAGUGCAAAUGUGAGAGACUAUCUAAAAGAGGACGGCCAUUUCAGUAUAAAUGGAAAAUCCCUGUGUGAUGACUAUAAGGGGACGAAAUACCUUGAAACACACAGCACUGUCCACACCAAAUCUUCACGGGCUAGAGGGGUGACAGGGAUCCUAUGGCACACCCUUUAUUACACAGGCUAUUUAUUACUACAAGCAGUGCGCAGUGUUGGAGCUGCAGGAUGGUUUGUAUCCCGGAAGAUGUUGUCGUUUCUUUGGUUGGCCAUUGUAUCACCAGGUAGAGCAGCCUCCAGCUUGCUUUGGUGGCUGGGAACUGGAUGGUAUCAACUUGCCACUCUGGUUUCUUUAGUAAAUGUUUUUAUCCUUACCAGAUGCCUUUCAAAGCUGUCUAAAUUGUUACUUCUGCUUUUGCCCUUGCUGCUUUUGCUGGGUCUUUACUUAUGGAGUUCAGAUUAUACACUGCUUCCUGCAUUCAGUGGUUUAAGAUUAUUUCCAUCUGAUACCUCUGAAGAAACAGCUGCCAGCCUCAAGCCUUCUCCAGAAAUCACUAAACCUAGCCCAGGCUUCAAGGAGGAGGGCUUGCUGUACGAUACUGACCGAGUAAAAGCGUUGGAAAAGCAGUUUGGAUUAAUCGGUCGUAAGCACAGUGACCAUAUGGAAGACUAUAAAAAAAUGAAUCUUUUGGUCCUGAAGAUUCAAGAGCAAGUUCAAAAGAUGAACGACGAAAGCCAUUUGUCAUCGAUGAUUACAAACAUAUUCGAGCAACAUUUUGCUAAACACACUGUUGAAAAGAAGGAACCCUCAUUGGUGGAUACUUCAUCUAGCACAAUCAACAAUCAUGAAGCACGUAUCGUGCAUUUGGAGGCACUGUUUGAAAAGCUAUCACAGGCUAUAGAGGAAGAUAGAAAAUUAGCAGAGUCCAGAGCCAGCGGAGGUGAAAUUCAUGAUCAGAGUCUUCUCAGAAGUCGGAUUAAGAGUCUAGAAGAAGAGUUUGAAAACUACAAAGCUGCUUUCCUAAAUAGCCAGACUGCACAGACCAGCUGUGACCUCCCAGACUGCCUUCUCCAAAAGGUGGAUGCAAGAGUAAAAGAGUCGGUCCAAAUGAUGUUUGCCAACCAGGAAAAUAUUCCAGAAUCCUUACUGCAAUGGCUGUCUGCAAAUUAUGUGAAUAAAGGAGAUUUCAAUAGCAGGCUGCAGGAAUUGGAGCUGAAAAUUCUCCAAAACAUUUCUUACCACGUCUCCCUCACAAAGCAGAUCCCUUCUACAAAAGUGGUGGAAACUGCAGUCACUGGGGCAAUAGAUGGCAUUUCUAAAGAGGAAACUCAAUUAAUGAUAACUAAUGCUUUGAGACUCUACUCCCAAGAUCGCACUGGCAUGGCAGACUUUGCUUUGGAAUCUGGAGGCGGCAGUAUCCUUGGAACUCGUUGUUCUGAAACCUAUGGGACAAAGACCGCUUUAAUGAGCUUGUUUGGAAUUCCUUUGUGGUAUUUUUCACAGUCCCCUAGAGUGGUUAUACAGCCGGAUAUGUACCCUGGAAACUGUUGGGCCUUUAAGGGAACCCAAGGAUACCUUGUUGUCCGCCUAUCAAGGCUCAUUUACCCAACUGCCUUUUCUAUUGAGCACAUACCCAAGUCCCUCUCACCAUUAGGAAACAUAACCAGUGCACCUAAAGAUUUUGCUGUUUACGGCUUGGAUGACGAGUACCAGGAAGAUGGGCAAGUUUUAGUUCGUGCUGUGUAUGAUCAAGAAGGGGAACCGUUGCAGAUAUUCCACAUGAUGGAAGAAUAUAAGAAACCUUUUCAGAUCGUGGAACUGCGAAUCUUUUCUAAUUGGGGCCACCAAGACUUUACCUGCCUGUAUCGCUUCAGGGCACAUGGAACACCUGUACAAUAACCCCUAACGUUUAUCAAACAUGUAAAUUUGUAUUGUAAAUAAUGCAAUCCUGGAACACUGGAAUAUAAAUAUAUAUAUAUAUAAAAUAUUUAAAAUCUGGGCAGCAGCAGUGUAUGUUGCAUGGUCAGUCUUCAUUCAGCCACUACCAGGAAAACCUGCCAAUGAGAGAGAUACACAACCAAACCUAUUUGAUAUGCACUUAAGCUGUCGUCCGUAUGCUUUACAACUUGUCUCCAAGCUCCAUAAAAUGCUGCAUGUAAAUUACUCAGGAUUAAAAGGCCAGUUAGCGGAAGACGGCUACAAAAAUACGCUUUUAAGAGGCAAAAGUUCAGUUUUUUUGUUUUCUCCCCCCUUCUAUUUUUAGUUAUAAAACGGUUUUGCAGAAAGUCCAGUUUACGUUCCUUUUCCAUUGGUUCUCGAUAUCAUCCAUUAGCCAAUCAACUGGCCUCAGCUAUUGCUUUACUGAUCUGUCAUUGGGAUUCUAGAUUCUCCAGGCAUAUACUGUGGCCUAGGCCUUUGCAGUCCAGCUGGUAUGGCUGUUUAAUGACUGAAACUGAGAAUGAAAUAGCCACUAACGAGUUAGGAUAUUUUAGUUUGUUCAUAUUCAUUUUUUUUUUUUUUUUUUUUUUUUUAAUAGAUAUUUGGGUUAAUUUUCCAUAAAAUGGGAGAAAACGCACUUCUCUUCAGUACACUGUUUUGGUUGAGCUCAGGGUUUAAAAAACAUUAAGCCACAGUAUGAAAGCAAUCCCAGGAAAUUCUAUGCUCAAUGCCUAUUGUGCAUUAUGGUACUUUAAUUACAAGUGGAUGCUUAUAGUUCAACUUAAAGGAGAAGGUCAAGUUAGGCACCCUCAAGUGAUCCCUGCUGAUAGGAGCACUGGCCCCGGUGUCGGGUAAGUAAAUGUGAUCACUUAGAGGUGCCUUAACUUUUGCCACCCCCAAGUAUAACAAAGACUUUCCUUCUCCUUUAAGGGGGGACAUACUAAAUGUAUAAGAAUGUAAACUGCUCAAAGUACUUAAUGUAUUUUUUAAUUUAGAUUUCAUGGUAUUAGGAUUUUUUAUUCUGCCAAUAGCAUGAAUGAUUAGCCAGGGCUCCAUUUGCUGUUCUGCCCGGACAUGGGAAAGAUGAUGCUGAAAUGCUAUUUUUCUAUUGGUACAUGUGACCGAAGCAAUAGAACUGAGCAGCAAAGCAUCAGGAGACUCUUCCUGCUGCAGUAAAAGCUCUUGCUCUUCUGUCCAGACAAAGGGUGCUCUUCAAAAAGUGCUCAGAAGAGCACCCUGAUUAUUAAUUCGUAAAUGGAUCCGGAGACUCUGCAGUUCACUCCUUUUGCCUGUUUAAUAAUCUGUUCUCCUCCAGAUAAAUCACAUGUAUUGAUUAUUGUUACACAGGAAGGUACAUGUCCUGGAAAAUAUACUUUUCAUUCCUACCGACUGUUCUGCUGUCUUUCUUUUUACAUAUAAGAGUAUAUUUUACAUUAUUUUGAGGGCCAUCUAAAGUCUAGUGUCCUAUCCUAUUUAAAGACUUGAGUCUGAUGCCAAACAUUCAGCACCUCUGCAAACAGGAGAAAGGGUUAAAGCAUUGAAGCACCAGAGAGCUGAUUCCGCUGACUGGCUUUUUUAAUAGAGUCUGUGUAUAUUGCACAAGAGUCCACUUAUAAGAUGAGAUGUAUAGAAUCUAAUGUUAGAAGUCAAAUGCUCUAUGUAAAUGGGAUUUGGGAGGUGGUACAAAGGGGAGGGGGUGGGGCUUUUUUUCCCCCAAGAACACUAAUUUAUUUUUAAGAGAUGAAAAAUAGGACUUUGUGCAAUGUAUUUUUGUAAAGGCUUUUCCAGCUAUUUGUUUUUCAGUGACUUUUCUUUGCUUGCUCCAUACUGCAAAAAAAUUUGAAAUGUUUUAAAUAAAGAGUUUACUUUUUUGAGUGCAUGUAAUAUUUGAAACAGUAAUAAACAAUAUCCUUUUUCUGUUAA